AUGCAAUCAGAGCCGCCAGUUGACGCUCAGUGCAUUGCCUGUAACCGGCCAAACACCGCAGAGCCGAAGAUGGUACAGUGUGACGGCUGCAGCCGAUGGUACCAUUUCACCUGCGCUGGUGUUGGUGAUAGUAUAGAAGGGGAAGAUCGGAGUUACCAAUGUGCACUAUGUCGGCCCCCUUCCCGGUCAGCCUCAUCGGUAAGAACGACGUCGACGACGGCUAGCACACGAGAGGCUCGGCUUCGGCUAGAAAUGCAACGCUUGGAGGAGGAAAAGAAAUUACGAGAGAAGGCAAAUGCAGAUCGGUUACGUUUGGAAGAGGAGUUCCUCGAUCGAAGGUUCAAGCUGCUUCAAGCGCAGCUGGAAGACGAAGGCCGGAGUUCAAGAGCAAGUGGGGUGAGCGGUAACAAGUCCACCGCAGCUUCCGCCAAUGUUCAGCGUUGGAUCGACAACCAUCAAGUGAGUGUGGCUGCCAAUACUGGGAACGUAGUUCCCACUGGAGCCACGUCGCAGAUCGGUGGUAUUAUCGCGCCAGCAGAACCAGGGGUAGCAGUCACUACGCAAUGCAGCUCAAGAACAGUUCCAGUGACAACGGUCUCCAGCCGGGAAGUAGAAUCGAAUCGUGAAGUGGUGCAAGCAGCUGUGGGUUCGGAACCAUUCGAUAACAUCAUAUCACCGAACACCGUGGCACCUGCCAUCCCGGGGGGAUUCUCGAGGCCAUUCGAUAACGUCAUCUCGCCGAUAACAACUGUUCAUCCAGCAGGAUUCAACAGCGUACCGAGUUCGGUAGCACCACAAUCGUUUCAAUCGACGCCCCUGGUGAGGAAUAUUUCUGCGAGUAUGCCAGGUUCGAAGACGACAUUGCCGUUGCACGUGAAUCCAUCGGUUCCAUCUGCCAUCAGCCAGCCAGUGGUGGUCUCGGCAUCCGUAGGCCAUUUGGAGCCACUUCCGAUUCCGGCGUCGAAUCCAUAUAUGGGUAAUGGACCAAACACGGUAAGGUACAUCGCGGAGGAUCCUAGCGCUGGUCAGUACAAUCCAAUUGCAAUACCUAGUUCAACUAUGUGGGGGGUUUCUUCUCAACCACAAUAUUUGGGUCCCCCAUUAGUGAGUGUAUCAAGUUACCAAAACCCUAUAUCGGCUGUGCCAAAUCCGGAUAUGUAUGGUGGAAUGCAGUCAUCGGUCGGUCCAAACGCUCAGCAGUUGGCAGCCCGCCAUGUUGUCCCCAAGGAUCUUCCUUUCUUCGGUGGGAAUCCGACAGAAUGGCCGGUUUUCUGGAGCAGCUAUGAGACGUCAACGCAGCUUUGUGCCUACAACGACUCGGAGAACUUGAUGAGACUCCAGCGCUGCUUGAAAGGAGAAGCGGGGAAAGCAGUAUGUAGUUUGCUUCUACACCCAUCAAAUGUGCCGGACAUCAUCAAGACGUUGAAGGUUCUCUAUGGUCGACCGGAAGCGAUAAUCAGCAACCUGCUGGCGGAAGUCCGAGCAGCGCCAACACCGCGACCGGAGAAAUUAGGAAGUAUCAUCACCUUCGGAUUAGCAGUUCGGAAUCUUUGCGCUCACCUAAUCGCUACUAAUCAGCAGGUGCAUCUAGCAAAUCCGAUCCUGAUGGAAGAGCUGGUGGAAAAACUGCCGGCCAACAUUAAGCUCGACUGGGCGUUACACAAGCAGCGAGUGUUAGAUGUGGAUCUGAAAACCUUUUCAGAUUACAUGGACGUUAUCGUUACGGCAGCUAGUAGCGUCACACCAGUAAUCGACAAAAACGAGAAGUCGAAGGGGAAAGCCGUGGUGAACUCUCAUCUCUCUGAGGUACAUGCGGUUAAAGUUCGAGAUCAGAAGCUGCCCAUGAAGAUUGAAGCUCCAAACCAACCGGGAAGUCAACGUCCUUGCAUGGUGUGCAAAACAGCCGGACACAAGCCGAAGGAUUGUAGUGCGUUCAAGUCGAAGGCUUUGGAGGAUAAGUGGAAGGUAGCACAGGAAGAGCACCUGUGUAGGCGGUGUCUGUAUCCGCAUGGAAAAUGGCCGUGCAAGGCGGCCGUCUGCGGAGUCGGAGGAUGUGAACAAAAGCACCAUAGGUUGUUACACCCGGGAGAUCCAAGAGCCGACAAUACUACAACUUCGGCUCCGGUUUCUGGGGUGAUUUCCGUGCACCAACAUCAUCACCGUGUACUCUUCCGUAUAAUCCCUGUUGUGCUUCAUGCAAACGGUCGCUCGGUCGGAACCUUCGCAUUCUUGGAUAGUGGAUCUGAUGCGACGUUGGUGGACAGAUCGCUGGCCGAGCAGCUGGGCGUGCAAGGUCCGACAUCACCAUUGUGCAUGCAGUGGACCAACGGUGUCAAGCGUGUAGAAGAAGACUCCCAGCAAAUCCAAAUGAAUAUUUCGGGUUCGGUAUCCGGAAAGCAGUUUUCGUUGCGGAAAGUCCAAACCGUUGGAGGACUGGAACUUCCACAACAAUCCGUCGACUUUAAAGAACUGAGGGCCAGGUAUCCAUAUUUGAACGGACUACCCGUUGAAAGCUUCAGGGAUGCAAAACCAGGAAUCCUAAUCGGUCUGGAUCAUACAAGGCUGAAGACCACUCUAAAGCUGCGUGAAGGUCGAGAGCACGAGCCAGUAGCGGCGAAAACCAGACUCGGCUGGGUGAUAUACGGGCGUUCCGGAGAUGCAGCAAAUACUUCAUCGCAGCACGUUCUUCACAUUGGUACUCGAAAAAGAGAUGACGAUCUGCACGAGCUAGUAAAGAGCUUUUUCUCCAUGGAAAGUGUGGGAGUUUCCAUUGACCAAGUUAAGGAGUCAGCCGAAGAUCAACGAGCGAGAGAUAUCCUCCAGUCAACCACAAGAAGGACUGAAAAUGGGAGAUUCGAGACUGGUCUUCUGUGGAAGUUCGACGACGUAGAGUUUCCGAACAGCAAACCUAUGGCUGAGCGGAGGCUGAAGUGCCUGGAAAAUCGCUUGCUCAAAUCACCUCAUCUGUAUACCAAUGUUCGCCAGCAAAUAGCCGAUUAUGUAUCCAAAGGAUACGCGCACAAGGCGACUGGACAAGAAAUAGCCGAGAUGAAUCCGAAGCGUACCUGGUUUCUUCCGUUGGGUAUUGUCGUGAAUCCGAAGAAGCCGGACAAGGUGAGAGUUGUGUGGGACGCAGCUGCAUCCGUCCAGGGAGUGUCUUUGAACUCUGUCCUUCUAAAAGGGCCAGAUCUGAUGACGUCGCUGCAGACAGUUUUAAGCCGCUAUCGCCAAAGGGAAAUCGCUAUAAGUGGCGAUAUAAUGGAAAUGUUCCACCAGGUGCUCAUUUCCCGACAAGACCGUUCAGCCCAGUGGUUCCUGUGGAGGGAUUACCCGUCCGAGUCGAUUCAGGUGUACGUGAUGGAUGUUGCCAUAUUCGGGGCAACUUGUUCCCCGAGUUCGACACAAUACGUGAAGAAUUUGAAUGCAGGGGAAUAUUCCGCCGAGUUCCCGAGAGCGUCCGAAGCCAUUCAAGAUAAUCAUUAUGUCGACGACUACCUGGACAGCGUCGACACGAUCCAGGAGGCGGUUCAGUUGGCGCUGGAGGUUAAAGCGGUGCACGAAAAGGCGGGAUUCCUGAUUCGGCAUUGGAUGUCGAACUCGCCGGAGGUGCUACAGAGAAUUGGAGAGCAAAACACGAAGGCGGUAAAAAGUUUCACCAUGGAUAAAGGCAGCAAUGUAGAACGCGUUUUGGGAAUGGUUUGGCGGCCGCAGGAGGACAUCUUCGUAUUCUCUUUGACGCUGCGCGAGGACUUACGACACCUAAUCGAUGGACUAAUAGUCCCUACAAAACGCCAACUGUUGAGCCUUGUUAUGAGUGUGUUCGAUCCGUUGGGAUUGGUCGCACCGUUCGUGGUACACGGAAAAACGAUCGUCCAGGAUGUGUGGAGGUCAGGUAUAGGCUGGGAUGAGCAACUGCCGGCCGACAUAGUUCCCAAAUGGGAACAGUACAUUUCGCUACUCGAGAAGCUGGAUAGCGUGCGAAUACCUAGAUGUUACUUUCCGGGAUACAGUCUGGGAGCAUACGAAUCGAUGCAACUACAUGUAUUUGUAGACGCAAGCAGUGCGGCUUAUGCUGCCGUAGCCUAUUUCCGGAUCGUGGAUGAUGGAGUAGUACGUUGCAGUCUCGUCUCUGCCAAAACCAAGGUUGCUCCGAUGAAGCUGCUGUCAAUUCCCAGGUUAGAACUCCAAGCGGCAGUGAUAGGAACACGGCUUAUGAAGUCCAUCUUGUCAAGUCAUACGUUGCAGAUAACGCGCAAGGUCAUUUGGAGCGACUCAUCAACGGUUCUAAAUUGGAUCCGAUCUGACCCUCGAAAAUAUCGUCAGUACGUGGCGUUCCGCAUAACUGAGAUCCUGGAUGAAACAGAGGUUGCAGAUUGGAGAAAAGUGCCGUCAAGGAUGAAUGUGGCCGACGAAGCAACUAAAUGGGGGAACGGUCCUUGUUUCGAUCAAGAAAGUAGAUGGUAUAAAGCUCCCGAGUUCCUGUACAAACCUGAAUGUGACUGGCCAGACGAAGUGAUUCAACAAACUACGGCGGAGGAGUUGAAGGUAGUUUCGAUGCACCAGGUGGUUCCAGUGGAGCAGGUCAUCGACUUCACACGGUUUUCGAGGUGGGAGAAGCUUACUGGUACGUUGGCGGUCGUCCUGCGGUUCGGCAAGAGGAAAGCGGAAACUAGAACGAACAAUCCAAGUAGUGAAUCAGUGAGGUAUGCUGAAACAGUCAUGGUUAGGCUGAUCCAGAUGGGCAGAUAUGCUGAGGAGUAUCGGGUUCUUCAAAGGAAUCAGCAACUUCAAGCAGGAGAACGUCAGCUAGUGGACAGAAGCAGUUGCCUAUCCAAGCUAUCACCAUUUUUAGAUCCUGAUGGAGUAAUCCGCAUGGGAUCUCGUAUUAGUUAUGCUGAAUGUGUUCCGUACGAGGCCAAAUUUCCAGCCAUCUUACCCAAGGACCAUUACGUUACACAUCUGGUACUCAACUGGUUUCACAGGAAAUAUGGACACGCCAACAACGAAACCAUUGUUAACGAGGUACGGCAGAGAUUCCACGUCUCUGAGCUACGGACAGCUGUCAAAAAGGUCGCAAGAAGCUGUAACUGGUGCAAGGUGUACAAGUCCAAGCCAAAGGUGCCACCCAUGGCACCUCUACCGGAUGCUCGCAUUACACCAUAUGUAAGAGCCUUUUCCUUCACUGGCUUGGACUAUUUUGGACCCAUUACCGUACGGUUUGGACGUGGUACCGCUAAAAGAUGGGUGGCUCUGUUUACCUGUUUGGGCACCCGAGCAGUCCACCUAGAAGUCGCUUACUCGCUGUCGACGGAAUCUUGUAAAAUGGCCAUACGUAGGUUCAUCUCUCGUCGAGGCGCGCCGCAAGAGAUCUACUCAGAUCAAGGCACCAACUUCCAGGGAGCGAAUGCAGAAUUGAAGAUGCUGAUGACCACCACAAACCGUCAUCUAGCGCAGACUUUCACCAAUGCAAAAACGCAAUGGAAGUUUAAUCCACCAUACGCCCCCCAUAUGGGUGGAAUAUGGGAAAGACUGGUGCGUUCAGUCAAAGCAGGCUUAUCCAACAUGGCAUUGCCGAAGAAUCCGGAUGAGGAGACGUUGGUUACCGCAAUAGUGGAAGUGGAAUCAAUCGUCAACUCGCGUCCCUUGACCUAUCUGCCUAUUGACAGUCAGGAGAGCGAGGCUUUGACGCCAAACCAUUUCCUGCUACUGAGCUCGAACGGAGUAGUGCAGCCAGCAGUACGACCCACGGAAGAAGGCGCAGCAUUACGGACGAACUGGAAGCAUAUCCAAGUCAUGCUGGACAGAUUUUGGACCCGAUGGAUUCGGGAAUACUUGCCCGUUAUAGCCCGACAACCGAAAUGGUUCGGCAAGGUUACGCCGAUCAACGUUGGAGAUCUGGUCAUCGUUGUGAACGACGGGAUUCGAAACAGUUGGACUCGAGGAAAGAUUCUACGUGUCUAUCCGGGACGGGAUGGACAAAUACAGUGCGGCGUCCAGCAUCGCACAAUAGGAAACCAGAUUCAAUUACUCCUUGUGCGCUCCCGCAUGUCCGAUGCAGCCAUCCUCAGCCAGCCUACCAACAAGCAGCAACAGCAGAUAGAUAGAACAGCUUGUCUGGUGAUAAGUCUUACGGUCUCACCAGCAAUAGAGAAACACAUCCGGUUGCCGGGGAUGCACUGCGAGGACACCAAGACGGAGCAAAUUAAACUGCAGCUAAUCUCGAAACAAUUAACUUGA